GCCCCGGGCCCUGAGGGGACGCCCGGAGAGAGGCGCUCGGGGGCUCGGACCCGCCGGCGUCGGGCGUACCCCGACAUUAGGGGCUGUGGCCGUGGGGCCGGGCACCUGUUCGGCCGGGCGCGGCGCGGGCACCGGGGGCUAGGAUGAAAGUGACCGUGUGCUUCGGCAGGACAGGCAUCGUGGUGCCGUGCAAGGAGGGCCAGCUGCGCGUCCGGGAGCUCACGCAGCAGGCGCUGCAGCGCUACCUGAAGACCCGGGAGAAGGAUCCGGGCUACUGGGUGAAGAUUCAUCACUUAGAAUACACAGAUGGAGGAAUCCUGGACCCAGAUGAUGUUUUGGCAGAUGUCGUUGAAGACAAAGAUAAGCUGAUUGCUGUGUUUGAUGAACAAGAACCACUCCACAAGAUUGAGAGCCCCAGCGGAAACCCUGCAGGCCGGCAGAGCCCAGAUGCCUUUGAGACGGAAGUGGCUGCCCAGUUGGCUGCGUUUAAACCAAUUGGUGGGGAAAUUGAAGUGACCCCUUCUGCUCUGAAAUUAGGCACUCCACUGCUGGUGAGGAGAAGCAGUGACCCAGCUCCAGGCCCACCUGCUGAUGCCCAGCCCAGGGCUUCACACCCCAGUGGCCAGAGUCUGAAACCCGUUAUUCUAGAUUCCACACAGAACUUAGAAGAUGGAGAAGUUAUGAAUGGUGUACAGACCGAAUCACUGACAUCGCUGAAAACCAAGGAUGCACUGAGCGAUAUGACAAGAACAGUGGAUAUUUCUGGGGAAGGAGGCCCCUUGGGAAUACACGUGGUGCCCUUCUUUUCAUCUCUGAGUGGAAGGAUUCUAGGACUCUUCAUCCGCGGCAUUGAAGAAAAUAGCAGGUCCAAACGGGAGGGACUAUUUCAUGAAAAUGAAUGUAUUGUAAAAAUCAACAGCGUGGACCUCGUAGACAAAACCUUUGCUCAGGCUCAAGAUGUCUUCCGUCAGGCGAUGAAAUCGCCCAGUGUGCUCCUCCACGUGCUUCCACCUCAAAACCGUGAACAGUAUGAAAAAUCAGUCAUUGGACCGCUUAACAUUUUUGGUAACAAUGAUGGCAUUUUGAGAACCAAGCCACCGCCUCCUGUCCAUGGAAUAACGGGAAUAAAAACCAUAACUCUCACAGGAACAGGGGGUCCUGAAGAGGAUGCUUUGACCUCUCUGCAACAAAGCAAGAGCCCCCGGGUACCAAGACUGGGUAGAAAGCCAUCUUCUCCCUCACUCUCCCCUCUCAUGGGGUUUGGCAGCAAGAAGAAUGCAAAGAAAAUUAAGAUUGACCUAAAGAAAGGCCCUGAAGGACUGGGUUUCACUGUGGUUACCAGAGACUCUUCCAUACAUGGGCCUGGUCCCAUUUUUGUAAAAAACAUUUUACCAAAGGGAGCAGCAAUAAAAGAUGGCCGCCUACAAUCAGGGGACAGAAUUUUGGAGGUAAAUGGCAGAGAUGUCACUGGGCGAACACAGGAAGAGCUUGUGGCCAUGCUGAGGAGCACCAAGCAAGGAGAGACAGCAUCGCUGGUCAUCGCCCGUCAAGAAGGGACUUUUCUUCCCCGAGAGCUGAAAGGAGAGCCCGACUGCUAUGCGCUCUCCCUGGAAACGACCGAGCAGCUCACCUUCGAGAUCCCCCUGAAUGAUUCGGGUUCUGCUGGUCUCGGCGUGAGCUUGAAGGGGAACAAAUCUCGAGAAACUGGAACGGACUUGGGAAUUUUUAUCAAAUCCAUCAUCCAUGGAGGUGCUGCUUUCAAGGAUGGUCGUCUGCGGAUGAAUGACCAGCUAAUUGCCGUUAACGGGGAAUCUCUUUUGGGAAAGUCCAACCACGAAGCUAUGGAGACACUGAGGCGAUCGAUGUCCAUGGAAGGAAACAUUCGAGGGAUGAUCCAGUUGGUGAUUCUGCGGAGACCAGAGAGACCACUGGAGGAGCCUGCAGAGUGCGGGGCAUUUUCUAAGCCAUGCUUUGAGAAUUGUCAAAACACUAUAACCACCUCCAGGAGAAAUGAUAACAGCUCAUUGCAUCCCUUCGGCACUUACAGUUCGCAGGACAAACAGAAAGUGCUGUUGCUUCCCAGUGACGGAUGGGCAGAUCCUGAGGUCCCGCCUUCUCCACCACCACAUCCCGUUCUGGAAUUGGGCCUUGAAGAUUACAGCCACAGCUCUGGGGUAGAUUCGGCGGCGUAUUUUCCAGAUCAGCACAUCCAUUUCAGAUCUGUGACACCGGCCAGGCAGCCCGAGUCAAUGAAUCUGAAAGCCUCAAAGAGCAUGGACCUUGUGUCAGAUGAAAGCAAAGUCCACUCAUUGGCUGCUCACAAAUCGGACUCUCCAAGCAAAGAUUUCGGUCCAACUCUGGGUUUGAAAAAGUCCAGUUCCUUGGAGAGCCUCCAGACUGCGGUUGCUGAGGUCAGGAAGAACGAACUUCCCUUCCACAGGCCCCGGCCGCACAUGGUCCGCGGCCGCGGCUGCAACGAGAGUUUCCGGGCAGCCAUUGACAAAUCCUAUGACGGACCGGAAGAGCUCGAAGCCGACGGUCUGUCUGAUAAGAGCUCUCACUCCGGCCAAGGGGCUCUGAGUUGUGAAUCUGUCCCUCAGGGGAACCCUGAGCUGGAGGACGGGGAGCAGAAAGCCAGGAAAAUCAAAAAACCGAAAGAGAAGGAGAAGAAGAAGGAAAAGGGCAAACUGAAAGUCAAGGAGAAAAAGCUGAAAGAGGAAAAUGAAGACCCAGAGAGGAAAAUAAAGAAGAAAGGGUUCGGUGCCAUGCUGAGAUUUGGAAAGAAGAAAGAUGACAGGGGUGGCAAGGCUGAGCAGAAGGGCUCUCUGAAGCAUGGAGGCCUGAGGGGAGAAGAACUGGAAAAAAUGAAAGAACGUGAAAGGAUUGUAGCAAAACACCAGGAGCUAAGGGAAAAGCAGGCAAGAGGUCUUAUUGAUUAUGCUGCUGGUGCAACUGGAUCGCUGCAUGAUAUGGACGAUGAUGAAAUGGAUCCCAACUAUGCCAGAGUGAACCACUUCCGGGAACCGUGUGCAUCAAGUGUCUACAGGUCACCAUCUCCGCCUCGGGCUGGACCACUGGGUUACCACCGGGAGAGCCGUCCGCUGUCUCCAGAGAGAGACCACUUAGAGGGUCUCUAUGCCAAGGUCAACAAACCAUAUCACCCACUGGUGCCAGCUGAAAGUGGCCGGCCUGCAAGCACGGACCGCAUCCAGAAGUUGCGGAAAGAGUAUUAUCAGGCCCGGAGGGAAGGAUUCACCUUAUAUGAGGACGACGAGGGAAGAGCGAGGCUAGAUUAUGACCUUCACUGGGUGUCUGGAAAGGGUCCAGAUGGGAAUGCACACAACAUCCGCUUUGAGGGAAUGGAGAGACAGUACGCGUCCUUACCCAGGGGAGGACCAGCCGAUCCCGUAGACUAUCUGACGGCCACACCUCGAGCGCUCUACAAGGAAAGGGAGCUUCCAUAUUACCCGGGGGUUCAUCCUGUGCAUCCUCCCAAAGGGAGCUACCCCCGCCCCCCAGAUCUGAGGGUCGCAGACCUCCGGUAUCCUCAGUAUUACCCUCCUCCGCCAGCCCCCCAGCAUAAAGGACCCUUCCGACAAGAUGUUCCACCUUCCCCCCCUCAGCACCACAGAGUGCCAACCAAUCCAGAAAUGGGUAGACCAGGCCCCCGAGGGGGCAGCCCAGACCAGUAUCCCUACCGAGCCCAGGAUCCCAGGCAGAAGAGCCCCAUGACUGCAGCCGUGUAGCUGAAUGCCGCCAAGCUCAGCCCGGCCCAGGGAGGGACACGUGUGACAUCACCUUUGCCCUUCCUAGACUUUCAGGACUUCCUCCUGUUCAGACUUCUCCAUGGGAUGGAUGGGUUUUUCUCACCGAGGUUGCAACACUUGACUGCUUGCCAGAGGCAAAGAGGAGGGGACAGGAGGGCGGGGGAUCCCGAGGAAGAGGGAGGACGGGGGUCUUACAGUUACUGCCUGAGAGUCGAAAGACGUUUAGGAUCGUUCAGUUCAGUGAGAGCGGCAGUUAAACAGGCAAAUAACAAUGGAGACGUUGCACACAGGGCCUCUCUGGUGCACACGAGCCCCAUGGAAUUGGCCGCGCAGAGACAGUCUCUGAGGCUCGGGCUCAGCCCCUUUAGGAAAGCUGUUAAGUCUGAAGAGUGGCUGCAAAUACAAGCAUCUUAAAUGAGUAGCUUUUUUUUUUUCCAUUGGGAAAACAAAACAACAGCAAACAUGACUCAUGAUAUCCUUGAAAUGUUUAUACCCAGAGGAAGGCUGCAUUUCCCUAUUUGCAGAAUUUGUCAGGCUCCCGGUACCACUCAUUUGGCAGAAUUACUUUAUGUUUUCUUACUUUUUAUAUUAGAAGAAAAUAAGAUAUGAAUGCAGUAGUAAUGUCCUGGGAAACCGUGCAAAGCCAGUCAGGGCUUCCAGAAGGAAUAUAUUCUGUGGACCAGGUUAAAGAGGGCCCAAAAUCCCGUGGUCCUCACCUUCCUUCCCCGCAAGUCCCAGGCAAAACACCACUGAGAGAUCAGGUUUCAGAAUCAUCCCCAAAUCUCCUGCCUGUAAUUUUCGUAACCCCGGGCCUCUACUUUCAGGCUCCUACUUGAGGGCUAAAAUGUAGUUGGGAAAAGGAGAUCCUGAUGGUUAGGUUACAUAGGAAGCAAUGCUCUGGAGACGCCAAUUCAUUGCACAAUCAGUGUCCAAUAGUGCCAUCUGCACUGGGGACAGGGAGGGGCUGACUGUGGCCUUUGGGGUUGAUAACUAGGAGGUGGAAGGUGGCAGUGACUGACCGUGUGUGUGUGUUUGUGCGUGCACACAUGUGUGUGUAUGUGUGUGUGUGAAGGCAUGUGAUUACCAGAAUGGAGAACGUACGAUAAAAAUGCUUUCUGGAAAGUUUGAUGGGGAAGGAAAUAAAAGGGAAAAAAAGUCAGAAGGGAAAGGAAAAGAGGCGUGAAACCAGAUCAUUAUUUAUCUGCUGUAUUUCAGUCACAAACAUCAGGGCAACACCAAGGCCAGCAUCUCCAACUGGAAGGUCUUGCGGCUAUGAAAAGCCGACACCCCCUCCCUCCAAAACCCAUCAUGUUUCCUUUGAACUUUGCAGUGAUUUUCUACUUAUUCCAGCAGGACUUCUAAAACUUCCAACCUGACCCAAAUGAGCACACAACAAAAGACUGAGGACCAGCAAAACAGCAAGCUUGAAUUGUUCGGGGACGCUUAGACUUUAAGCCUUUGCUGCUCCUUCUCCAUUCCCUCCGAACAAAACAAAACA